GUUGGAUAUCAUUUCAAAACAUUGUAACCUUUUUAGCAAUAUGGCUAGAUAUCAUUUAAUUAUUGCAUUGUACUUGUCAAGUGUAACUAUAAUCACCAAAGGACAAGAAGAAAUCUUGAAUUGCAGACCAAAGAAAGGAUGCAAAAUGGAUGUAAAAUGUGAAGCCACGACGGAAGGAUUUAACAUUCUAGAAUAUUUAGAAAAAAGUCAAUUUCCGCUAACAUGCCAGUCCAAAUCUAGAGGGACAAAAAGUGGUUCAGAAAUUGGUAUAGAUCUUUCCGGAGUAUUCAAAAUGGUUACUAAGUCAAUUUCCGAGAUCAAUAUUAUCAAAAAUGAACUGAAUAAUCUUCGAAAAACAAAUUCUCAAUUGAAGGGGCAAUUAGCAAAAAACCAGGAAGCUCAGAAACUGUUUCAGAUGGAACUCUAUCAGCUUGGCGAUGUCAACAAAAAUCAAUCCGACGUCUUAAACACUUUUCGAACGCUGAUCGGGAGACAAAACAAAGAUAUCAAACAACUUCGAGGCCGAAGUACUGAAUUAACAGUAGAACUAAUGAAUCUGAAGAAAUUUAAAACCGACACGGAGAAUGGGUUAAAAGCAAUGAAAGAUAAUCACAAAACCCAGAUCGAUAAAAUGAAAGAAAAUCUGGAAAAGCAAAAAGAAGAAAAUGAGAAAAUAAAAAAUUCGAGUGAUUUUGCAACAAAACGAUUGGAAGAAAUACAGACGGAUUAUGAAUUUUUCAGAGAAGAAUCUAUGAAUAUGUGGGAAACAACCAGCAAAUCUGUAGCAGUAUUAAAAAAAGAAAAUGAAGAGUUGAAGAAAGAAAUGAGUAAUAUGCAAACCUCUAAUGGAGAAUUAGAUAUUACGAUUGAUAAAAUUAAUAAAAAAGUGCAACAAGAAAUAACAAAAUUCCAAAAUAAGCAAAAUGAGGUUACGAAUAAAAAGCGUGAAGAAAUUCAAAAAGAGAUUACCGAUAUUCGCGAUACCAACGUAAAUCAAGUAAACAUUUUGAAGAAAGAACACGAAGAUAUUAAAAAAGAGCUGAAAUUCGUCCGCGAAGCGAGCAACAAAAAAAUUGAAAGCAUGGAAAAAGAAAAAAUGGAAAUGGAGAAAGAAAUACGUGAUCUCCGGAAUGAAACGGAACAGUACAUUGGAACAAUUCAAACGAUGAAGUCCUAUUUGGAUGAUGUGAAACAAAAGCUCUAUGGAUUCGAAGAAAAAGUCAAAGAAGCAAAUGAUAAAUUAUCCAGAUUCUCAAAUAAAGAUUUUAACGGGCAAAUAAAAUCUGCAACCCCCACGACCACAACAACGACAUCCCAGUCUACUACUACUGUUCAAACUACCACAGCGAAUAUGCCCAAACCUACUUCUGUUUCGGAAUCGACGGAUGAUUUAGAUACUUGUCAAAUGCUCAUUGAUGGUGUUUGCUAUUGGAGUGAAGUCCAUCCUAUAUGGGACACGGAUUAUAAAAAGGCUGUGUCUAUCUGUACAUCACAUAGCUCAGUAAUUGCUGAUGUUCCUAAUGCGGAAAGUUAUCAGAAAAUAUCAGAUUACCUACGUAAAGUUAUUCCAAUUGGAUGGAAUUAUAUUCAAAUAUGGACAGCAAAAGAAAUAAAUCCACCUACCGGUAAGAUAGAACCUGAAGAUUCCUUCACAAAAUGGUAUCAGCAUUUUCCCAAAAAAGGGAGACCGUACGCAGAAUAUACCAACAUCUACCUCAUUAUUAAACGCGACGUAAAAGACCCAAAUCACGGAAUGGCAAACUAUCCCCCAACAUUCUCCAGAAAUGGAGUUUUAUGUCGAAGGGAAAAUUAGAGAUGUAAUAGCGCAAGCCUGACAAUUUGUUCAAUCAUUUGAGCCGAUGUGUUGGAAGUGUUGCCUUCGAAUAAUAAAGAGUUACUUCGACAAUAAUGUAAAUGUGUAAAUAAAGUGACUCUCAGAAGAACUGCGUUAUAAUUUUCAUCUUUGGUUUUCUGCUGGCACUCUGCUGUUGUGUCUAAAAAACUGCUAAUUUAUUUUUUAAAUAAAAGAAAAGAUUACAAUAGAAUUGUAAUACGGACGAAUUCUUAGGAUUUGGCAAAGACAAUAAUUUACAAUGUGGUCGCUCUAUUUUAGACUCGAGUUCAAAAAUCUUUGUUGCAAUUCAUAAUUGAAUGUUAAAACUGAUUUUGAAAAAUCCAAAAAUUGAAUCACAUUACUGAAAACUUUAUUUGUACCACAGAAAAUUUAUGAAUGAAUUUACAUUGCAUAAAAUAAGUGGUGGGAAACUUCCUGUAAUGGUGUACAUAAAAUCGAUUUUAUAUUUUUUUUAUAUUCGAAACGAAGACAAAUACACUUUUCUGGAUCAAUGGUUACCACGUUUCAAGAUAAUUUUUACUGAAUAAUUUAGGUUAACUUAUCGGGAAUCAAAUUUGGAAUCUUAAACAGAUGAGUAUUUAUAAUAAUCAUAAGUUGGAGAUUUUUUUUUUGUAAAUUGUUCUAUCCAGGCAUGUCAUUCAAGCAUAUAAUAGACGUUUUGUUGACGGUUUACUCCGUUAGAAUUCCUUCUAUGCUUUAAAAUGGAAAACGUUUUGUUGUUUA